UAAUUUGUUUGUAUAAUUAAGUGUCCCUAACGUGAUUCAAUAGGUCUGUCAUCAACAGCUUGUUAUCAAGCUCCAUCCGUUAGCCGGAACUUUGAUUAUCUAGAUUAAUUGGGUAAUUCAACACAAUAUUAGACCUUAAUAUCGCAACUGUUAUAAACAUUUGAUAAUAUAGGUCGACAAAUAAAUGCAUAACAAUUUUGGGCUAUAGGCCUGUUCUUAGACCUCUAAGUCGAUUAUGUUUAUGAUGUUUGCCACAAACGUUGUAAGCUCAAUUAAUAAUUGAACAUUUUACUUUUUAAAUUGUUCUAGAAUAGUUCAUUCAGUCACUAAGACCCUGUAGGCUUUUCUUCAUAUUGAAGUUUUAAAUUAAUAUAAAUAUCUAUUCUACAUUUAAAUUCUAUCUAACAAUUUAGCCCACUAUGUUUUACCAGAGAAGGCCCUCGUCUUUCAUCACUAUAAGUCUAUUUCUGUGUAUAAUUGGACAUGUGUGUGUACGUUUUAAAGUAAUAGUAGGCUAUUCUUUACAACACUAUAUCUUGAAGAACAUUAUUAAUUUCGAGCAUAAUACUCCUUGAGACGGUAAGGUUUGUUUAAAGAAGGAAACAUCAUUUGAAUAGUUUAUAAAGCGUAUAGUGUCAUUAUAAUAGCGUUUUGAGCUAAUACUGAAAAUGGGUCGUUGUCUAUUGCUAUUGACUUUCUGUCUGUCGUGUCCUAAACGUUGUUUUGUGCACCAGUUAUUAGUAAAUCAAAUACACAUGUUCUAGUAGGCCUACUGGAAAUCUUAAUUAAGGCAACAAAUAAAAAGCCUAGAAUAGGCUACUUACUGUAUUCAGCGCAUUCAUUAAGGCUAGAUUUGAACUGUAAUUAUUAAUUUUGAUUUAGACCUAAUUACUUCUGGACAUUGUGCAUGCAUUGGUUAUCAACUGCGUCCUUGUGUUCCAUGUAGAACCCCAUUAGUAGUAUAUAUCAUCACGCAGGCUCAGUAGUAGGCUACAAUUAAAUAAUAAUAGCCUAUGCGUGCAUAACCGAGAACUCAAGUUGGUCCAAUGCGUAAAAAUAAUGUUCUUUAUUCAAAUCUACAAUUUCUGGACUGUCUAUCCUUCCCAAUUCUCAAGCAUAUCUACGAUAUUGUACAUGUGUGAGCAAUUGUUUUAUCCUAUGAGAAAUCCUUAGUAUAACUAACUGCGUUUUGUGUUCUUGAUAUUAAUGGCUAUAGGCAUCACUAUUUAUAAUAAGUAAUAGCUGUUUUUUAUAGGCCAAAACCUAAAUUGAGUGAAAUUUGUUUUUCAUAUUCUUCAACAGCCUAAGUAGAAACCGUUAACGCUUAAUGCAACUGACGAUUUCAGGUCGUUUCUUUGAUGUUAGGCUAUAGCUCUUUUUUGCACUUCUUCAUUCAUUCUACCAAGCAAAAUAAGUGCAUUUUUGAAAUGUCCUUUGUGAGUCUGUUCAAACCAAUUUCAAGUCCGUGUUCUAGGUGUCGCUGUUCACCACGUCUGCAUCGUGUGACUCAGUGCGUCCGCGAGAGAGGAGGCUUCGUCUCAAGGCCAUUUUCAAAUUUCAUUGGUGGGCUCGUCAUGUGGUAGAGAGGCAUCCUGAGUUACACGGAGAUUGUUUUGCUAGAUAUGUCAGUUUACAAAGGACAUCUCUCUCGUCUUUAAAACUAAUCCAAAAUGUCCUUUCCUAACAGCUCUCCCGCGGCAAAUACUUUUCUAGUUGAUUCGUUAAUUGGUGCUUGCAGGACUGACAGCUUUUACUCCAACAGCAACAUGUACAUGCCGUCCGGAGUAGAAAUGGGAACUUACGGAAUGCAAACCUGUGGACUCCUGCCGUCUCUCGGUAAAAGAGGGGACGUCAACCAUCAAAAUAUGGGCAUGAAUGUCCAUUCGUACAUACCUCAAAUUGAUAAUUGGACGGAUCCGAGAUCUUGCAGAAUAGAUCAACAGUCCAACCAAUUGUCUAAUUGUACAUUUUCACAAAACAUUAAGGAGGAGAGUAACUGCUGCAUGUAUUCCGACAAGAGAGCAAAGGUCAGAUCGUCCGAUGUCCCCGCAUACUCUAAUAUAAUCCCAGAAUCGUGUGCAGUUGAUGGCCCUGAGAUCCCUGUUCCGGGCUAUUUCAGACUGAGUCAAACAUAUGCGAGUGGAAAACACCAGGACUAUGGCCACGAGACGACGAGUCCAAACACGACAUUGAUGCAGCUUAACAGAGUCACUCCUAAAUCGCAGCUACCUUCCUUUGUCGAAGUGGACAAGAAAACAGUCGAGGUACCGCAAAUCCGGGAAACCAGCAGAACCCCCACACCAGUGCAAAGUCCAGAUCCCAAGCCCAUCGUGCAGGAGGAGAAAAAUUGCUCCACUGAAGCGUCAGUCUCUAGCCCGGAGUUGCCACAGAAGGAGACGAAAGAUUCCAAGAUUAAUACUCCAACAAGCAAUUGGUUGACAGCAAAAAGUGGAAGGAAGAAAAGAUGUCCUUACACAAAGUAUCAGACGCUAGAAUUGGAAAAGGAGUUUCUAUUCAACAUGUACCUGACUCGAGAGCGCCGUCUAGAGAUCAGUAAAAGCGUCAACCUCACCGACAGACAAGUAAAGAUUUGGUUCCAAAACCGUAGGAUGAAGCUGAAGAAAAUGAGUAGGGAAAAUCGAAUUCGGGAACUUACCUCAAAUCUCACCUUUUCGUGAAAGUGCAUAUUUGAAAGGCAGUGCUAUUGUAUAUUUCUGCUUCCCUCUUUACAUGGGAUGGGAUGCUGUGGGGGAUUGGACUCAAGAUUCAUUAUUUUAUCCAACGAAACUGUGAUUGUACCGUUACUUUUUAUUUACAUGGUGACGAAUUGUGUAUUUUGAAUUAUGUUACAUCGCAGGGUUAUAGUCUUAAAUUAUUGGAAAUAUGAUACACAUCCAUUUUGAACAGUUUUCUGUGAUUGGGAACACAUCGCAAGAGCGACUUUUUUGGAGAGUCAUGUUAGACAAGCACAUUUAGUCUACUAGGAGUGAUUUGAUCGUGUACCAUUAGUUCAGAAUUGAGCGUAGACUCAACUGCUCAAUAGUAAUCGUAUUCGUCUCUGUCCAGCCUAAAUGUGGUUUUACAUGUUGGUGUUUAAAUCUAUUGCAUGUUUGUGGCAUGUAUUCUGCAAUAAA